AUGAUCAUUCUACUCCUUCGUCUCCUCCUUUUGACGACGCUUUCUUUUCCCAUCUUUCACGCUCCCAGCAGCAGUGCUCUCGUUCUCAAAGCUAUCGCUAUCUUCUUGGAGUUUGCUGGACCUUUGCUCUCCGGUUAUGCGCAAGUCGUGACCGCAAUGUCCACUGCUAGCGCGCCAGCGGCAAUGCAGGUGUUUCCGGGAAGAGGCCUGGGCAGCUUGACUCUUGGAAGCUCACUCCAUAACGUGUUGAGCCGCAUCAAAGCACGCCCGCAGAUCUACCCCGCCAUUGACAUCGCAUACUCGUCCACCGAACCACUCAACGAACCUGUGAUUCUGAGCCUCCCUAAAAAUGGGUUUCGACUACAGUUUGAUGGCCCUGAUCAACGCCUGCGCCUCAUUGAAGUUCUCGACUUCUCCAAGGUACUUCUGACCUACAAGAACCACGAGGUCAUCAAAAGCACCAAGCCGCACGAGCAACCAUCGUCUGCCGGGCCAAGCUUUCGGCAUGUAUACAAUCGACUCUUCGGGCCAUCUUAUCCCGGCGAAUAUAUCCCACCAGCAAGUGAUUCUGUAUAUGGGACCUACGUGUUGUCCUAUCCAGGUGUUGCUUUUUCGUUCCCGCUACAGGAUUCGGCCUGGUCCGAUAAUUGCGAUUUUGUAGCCCUCCUCUCAUCUUCUGCUGCAUCAUCGGCAACUUCUAUGGCGGUGUUUCAAGGAGCUUCGUGGUCUGAAGCGCGAAAUCAGUUAUUCACAAGAUCCCCGCAGUUGCCGCGCUCGCCGGCAUUGAUUGGCAAGGGCAGGGACGCAGUCCCAGACGAGAUCGAAGAAAUACAAGUGCUGGGAGGAGGGAAAUUAAAAAUGUCUCGGAGAACCAGUCCUCCGCUCAUUAUAACUCUGUCCGAGACAACACCACAGGAUCUAAUCGCCGAACUAGGACCUCCUGAUGCGAUAUAUCGCAAAAACGACAGUCGUAUAUCCAUCCAUAGCGCCCGUGGGGUAACCCAACCACGGCCGCUUAGCCCUUCGCCGGGGCGACGGCUUGAUACAUUAGAUACAGACCACUCGUCAAAUAAUAGCCCAGUGGAAGACUCUGAUGAUGAGGCCUUUCCUGGUGCGAAUUUCGACCCCUCGUCACUAUCAGCGGAAUGCUUUUUCAACUAUUUCCAUCACGGAUUUGACGCUUUCAUUUCUCAUCCCACGCCAUCCGGACCGGCAUUUCCAGGCUCUGGAAUAUCGGAUCGCCCGCCACCCAGUACUGCCUCGCUGCUGACCGUAACGAAACUUAUAGUCCAUGGAAACGUCCCCGGCUCGUACCCCUUUAACCGCUAUCGUCGAAGCCGUUGGAGAAUCCUUCUAGGCGAAUCGGCAGAAGAGGAUCUCACUUCAGAGACACAUUUUGAAAAAAUCUCUCAACGUCUUCGGAGAGUGUGGAGAGCAUCUUAUUCAUCACCUUCGGAGGAAACGGCUCUACAAAGGGGUAUGGUCCUGAAUCGAGGAUGGGGGGACAGUCCCGAAAGCAGCGUAGAGUUUCUUGGAGGCUGGGAGGAGAGUGCUGGAGGCAAGCAUCGGUCGACAUCUGCAGGUCCAGAUGGUGGUCAGGGAUUGGGCAACACGGAGCUUUUUGGCUUCCCGGGUCUUUUAUUCGAGGUUCUGAAGAAUGAUUUCCUCUCUACCACCACGCUUGCCGCCCGGAGCACCGUCUGCUGCUGCCUCCGAGGUGGUAGACCAAGCAGCAUGACGCGCUCCUGGACCUCGACCCUCAAACUCCCUCGCUCGUCGUUUCCCGCCCGAGUCGCCGUCGCGGACCAAGCGAAAUAUCUGCUCAAAUGCACCGACGACCUGUACGCCUGGCAGCGCGAAGCUCGUCCUGCUAGUGAGACGUUUAUUCUACACGAUGGCCCUCCGUAUGCGAACGGCGAGCUGCACGUAGGCCAUGCGCUCAACAAGAUUUUGAAGGACAUCAUCAACCGUACGCAGCUAAGCCGAGGAAAACGAAUCCACUAUAUUCCAGGCUGGGACUGUCACGGUUUGCCAAUUGAGCUCAAGGCCCUUCAGGCUCAGCAAGAAUCUGGGAAUCUUGAUGCCAAAGGCUUGGGUUCAGCUGCAGUCAUUCGCAAAGUCGCUCGAAACCUCGCAGAGAAAACAGUCGCGGAGCAGAUGCGCGGGUUCCAGGAAAUGGGUAUCAUGGCGGACUGGAAAGGCCACUGGAAAACACUCGAUAAGGGCUUUGAAAUGAAUCAACUAUCCAUUUUUAGAGAAAUGGUAGAUAGGGGACUCAUCUAUCGACGGUUUAAGCCAGUUUACUGGUCGCCCUCGACCAGGACUGCAUUGGCCGAAGCCGAGUUGGAAUACAAUGAGAAGCAUGUCUCGACCGCAGCACUUGUUAGAUUUCCGUUGGUCAAGAUUCCAGAACAAUUAAAAAAUAACCCCUUGGUAGAUGCGGCAGCUUUGAGUGCCGUUAUUUGGACUACUACGCCAUGGACGUUACCUGCCAAUGCAGCAGUCGCCGUCAGCGAAUCGCUAAGCUACCUGAUCGUUCAAUCCAGCCAACAUGGGCAAUUGCUAGUUGCAGAACCGAGAUUACAAUAUCUUCAGGAGAUGUUAAACGAGGAACUAGCAGUCCUUGUCCCUUCGAUCCAAGGCUCUGAGCUAUGCAGUGGAACGACAUACCGACCAAUAUUCCCACGAGACGGCGUUGACGAACAGCCGCUUAUUGCCGCUGACUUUGUGACUGCUGAUUCGGGAUCUGGUCUGGUCCAUUGCGCGCCGGGCCAUGGCAUGGAUGACUAUGAGGUUUGCCUUGCUCAGGGAAUCCGGGCAUUUGCUCCUGUCGACGACGAAGGCCGAUUCACGGACAAAGCCAUGACCCGCGAUCCAGGACUUCUCGCAGGCAAAAGCGUUCUGGGAGACGGAAACACAUCUGUUUUAGAAUAUGUUGAAUCAAUCAAUCAGCUGCUAAGCAAACACAAAUACGAACACAAGUACCCAUACGACUGGCGAUCAAAACGACCAAUUAUCAUUCGUGCCACUGCGCAAUGGUUCGCUGACGUAGCUAACAUUCGCGAUCCGACUAUAGCAUCCUUAGACGAUGUCACUUUUGUUCCGGCAUCCGGCAAACAACGAUUAAAGAACUUUGUGCAGAAUCGCACCGAAUGGUGCAUUUCGCGCCAGCGGGCUUGGGGGGUCCCGAUACCAGCCCUUUAUGACAAAGCUUCCGGGGAAGCGAUAUUGACAAAAGAGAGUGUUUCACAUAUCAUGAAUGUGAUCGAUGAGCGUGGUAUUGAUGCGUGGUGGACAGAUAGCUCUGAGGACCCUGCAUGGAUACCCCCAUCGCUCCAGCAGGCAUCAUCCUCUUCCGGUUAUCGUCGCGGCAUGGACACAAUGGAUGUCUGGUUUGACAGUGGAACGAGCUGGAUGCAAGUGGAAAAUGCAUCACCAGAGAAUGACCGCCCAGCACAUGUCUACCUCGAAGGCACUGAUCAGCACCGUGGUUGGUUUCAGUCGAGUCUUCUCACGUACAUCGCACACCAAGCUGCUGCCUCUGGGAGCGCCGAUGCGCCGACGACUGCGAAAGCGCCAUUCAAGUAUCUAAUUACGCACGGAUUCACUCUGGAUCAAGAUGCUCGCAAGAUGAGCAAAUCUAUAGGCAAUGUCAUCAAUCCAGAAACUAUCAUGAAUGGCACACUACUCCCUCCACUUAAACAGAAAAAGUCAAAAGGCGCGAAACAACCAAAGCCCCAAGAACCUGUUUACGACGCACUGGGGCCUGACGCUCUCCGACUAUGGGUUGCCAGCAGCGACUACACGCGAGACGUUGUUAUCGGACAGCAGGUCUUACAGACCGUCAACACAAGCUUGCACAAGUAUCGUGUCACAUUCAAACUUCUACUGGGUGCUCUCGGAGACUUCGAUCCUAGCGUGAAUAUGCGCCAAUAUCAGGAGCUUCACAAAAUCGAUCGCCAGGCGUUGAUGCAAUUGACUCAGCUUGUAGAUACCUGUCGGAAUGCUCUGGACAAUUUUGAGUUCUACAAAGCUGUCAACGCCUUGAAUCGCUGGGCGAAUCAAGAAUUUUCAGCUUUUUAUAUGGAAACUCUCAAAGACCGACUAUAUACAGAGGCGGAAGAUAGCACGAGUCGACGCGCUGCGCAGACAGCGCUGUUCCACAUCUACACUUUCCUACAGGAGCUGCUAGCUCCCAUUACUCCCCUGCUUGUCGAAGAGUCCUGGGAACAUACGCCGGAGACAAUCAAGGCCCAGCUCGAGCACCCGCUGCAACGAGUAGCACGUGCAGCUCCUUCUGAGUGGGUUGACGAAGCACUGAACGACGAUUUUGUCGAUCUGAUGGCAGCCAAUACCGCAGUCAAGGCCAUCCAAGAAUCUGCCCGCUCGAAGAAGCAGAUGGGCUCUUCACUGCAGUCAUUUGUGCAUUUCGAAUUUCCCGAUAUCGAUUCAUUGUCAGCCUUUGAACGCUAUCUCAAUGAACUCCCGGAUCUGUUCGUGGUCUCUUCGGUCACUCUCAGCGUCAAGGGACAGACUCUUUCCGGCGAAAUCGCAGAUGCUGAAUGGAGCUACGCCGAGGAAUUCGAACUGCCUCGUGCCGACAAGAAGGCGACAGUGCAUGUGUUUGCUCCAAGCAAGGCGAAAUGCCCGCGAUGCUGGCGAUAUGAUGUCCCGGCGUCAGUGCCACAGCCGCAAGAAGCGCCUCUCUGCCAGCGAUGCGACAACGUCAUCAGGAGGCUUGAAGGCAGUGAUUAG